AGUAUAACUUCAGUCCUCUGAGACUUGUCUGACGAGAUGCUCGUUGCGAUAGUUGCGAGAGUUGCUACUUUAUUAUUAAUAUUAUAUAACUGUGAUGCGUUCAAAGUGUUGCUGGUGUUCCCUGUGCCCGGGAAGAGUCACUCCAUCUUGGGGGAGGGUUAUGUAAGACAUUUGUUAUCAGCUGGACAUGAGGUGACCUAUUUAACUCCGAUACCGAUUAAAAACCCGCCAGACAGGCUUCGACAGAUAGAUGUGUCUGAAAACAUAAAGUAUAUGUCAGAAGGACUUUUUGAUGUAAAGAAGUACAUGUAUAAAGAAGUUAAAUUGGUUCAUUUGGAACUCACUGAACUGUUCGACAAUCUCUGUUAUAAUACCUUCAAAAUUGACAGCGUCCAAAGAUUUAUGAGAGACAAAGACGUUGAUUUUGAUGUCGUCAUUGUCGAGUGGCUUUAUUCUGAACUAGGUGUUGGGUUUUCAUCAGUCUUUAAUUGUCCUCUGAUAUGGUCAUCGUCUUUGGAUGUUCACACUGAGGUGCUAGGUCUCAUAGAUGGGUACACAAACCCGGCGUACACCAAACAUUUCUUCUCUACUGAAUAUUCAUUCACGUUUUGGGAUAGAGUGAAUGAACUUUGGAGGGUAUCCCGAUUACUGUUAUAUAAAUGGUGGCACAUUGACGAGAACGAUAAGAUGUUUCGAGAGAUAUUCGGACCGGCUGCCGAAGAACGAGGUAUAAAAUUACCACAUUUCAACGACGUGCGCUACAAUGCAUCCCUCAUGCUUGGCAAUUCACAUAUAGUGAUUGGAGAUGCAAUCGCACUGCCGCAGAAUUACCUGCAUAUCGGAGGUUACCACAUUAAAAACGUUUUGGAACCGCUACCAAAGGAUCUACAACAAAUCAUGGAUAAGGCCAAAAAUGGUGUAAUAUACUUCAGUUUGGGCAGUACGUUACAAGGCAGUAAAAUACCAAGUAACGUUAAAAGGAAAUUUCUUGACAUGUUUGGUGAAUUAAGCCAAAACGUUAUUUGGAAAUUGGAUGGAAAAAUUACAGAUUUACCUAAAAAUGUGCAAAUCGUUGAUUGGGCUCCGCAACAAAGUAUUUUGGCACAUCCUAAUUGCGUACUUUUUAUAACACACGGUGGUCUUCUAUCAACGUUAGAGACCAUUAAAUAUGGCGUGCCAAUUAUCGGUAUACCAUUCUUUGCCGACCAAUUCCUUAAUGUCAACAAAGUUGUCGCUAAAGGAUUCGGCAGGCGUGUAGAUAUAAGUGAAAACACACCGGAAGAAUUGAGAAUUGCUAUAAGGGAAGUAUUAGGAAAUACCAGCUACCGCACUCGUGUGAAGGAACUGUCAUCUCUGUUCAAUGCUGAUUCAGAUCCAGGACAGCGAUUGGUUCAGGGCGUGGAGUUAGUGGUCAGAACUAACGGAGCACCACAUCUUCGUUCCGUCGCACUACGCGUGCCGUUCUACCAAAAACUGUACUUGGAUGUUUUACUAUUAGUUAUUGGAAUCGUUUUUGGACUUCCUCUUGUCAUAUAUUAUACGUGUAAACACUUAUUGUUGGAUGGCACUAAGUCUAAUCUUAAUAAGAAGAGAAACUAGGUUUUUUAAUAAUAGUUACUCCUUGUAAAGAAUGUUUUAAAACUAUUUGUUUUCAAUUAUUCCUUUUUUGCAAUUCUAAAACAUCUUUAAUUCUCCACCUAAAAAACAACCAAUUGUAAAUUGGAUGUUCCUAUGUUUAAAUUUUUUUUUUAAAUGGGGGCAUUAUUGAACAAAAAAUACUUUAAUUAAAGAAUAUCUAUGUGGGUAAUGACAGUUAUAUUAUUUUGCUAAUUAUGUUAGCUACAGACAGAAGGCUGUAGAAAAUUUCGCUAAAUCAAUUUCAUUUAGAAUAAACCUUACAAUUUUAACUUAACGUAUGACCUAGUGGAUGUAAGCUUGUAUGGUUGUUUAAUAAUAAAAUUUUAACUUAUUUCAAAUUAAAAUCAGAAAAAUUUUGAUAUUGAAUAUGUAAAAUUCAUAAGUUGCGAUUAAAUCUGUCCUAUAAAUGUAAGUUAUUGCUUGGUUUGACGGAAUUCUAUGAUAUUUAACGUAUUGGAUCACAACGAGAAACAAUAAAGAGUGUAGUUUUAGUCUGUUCAUUAAACAUUCUCAAUAAAUGUACAUUAUAAUUUCACUUUAGGCAAUGUGAUAUUAAUUAAGAGCUUGUAUUACGGUGAGAGAAAUUACAAUAAAGGAUAUAAUUUCUACUUAACAAAUUUAGUAUUUUCGAUAAAUGAACGUUGAUUUAUUCGACGAAAAUCUAUAUCAGCUAUCUUCUAUGGGAAAGCGUUUAUGUAAAUUGCGUUCACCUUAUCUUAUAAAAACCAGUCAAUGAUUCAUAACAUUUUAUUUAAAGUUUUUCGUAAAAAAGAAGCAUAUGUCCUUCCUCACGGUUCAUGCGUUUUGGUGUAACAGACAGAUUAACUUUUGUAUUUAGGUAGGGCAAUAUAAUAUGUCAAUUCACAAUACUAUAAUACUGGAAA